CCGAACGGAGCUUGGUGGCGCUUUCACUCUGCUAGAGCAGCCGGGCACGGAAGGAGGAGUUUGCGAUUGGCAGCUGCCUUCGAGCAGCGGCUUCUGCUCCCCUCGCCUCCCGUUGCCGGAGUUCACUCGCGCACAGCGGCCAAGAAGCAACAGCCGCGUGCGGGCCUGUGGCGGUGGCAGCCCCGUCAGCUGCGAGGCGGCAAGCAAGCGAGCAGCCAGAGAGGGUGGUUCCCGCAGAGCCUGCUGCUCUGCUCCCUUUACGCCCGGCCUGGGCUCUUUCUCGAUGGCCGCGGGCUGCAGGGACGGCCCGGGGCAGGAAAAGUACCGGCUGGUCGUGGUGGGCGGCGGUGGAGUGGGCAAGUCUGCGCUCACCAUCCAGUUUAUCCAGUCCUACUUUGUAACUGACUAUGACCCUACAAUUGAAGAUUCCUACACAAAACAAUGUGUAAUAGAUGAGAGAGCAGCAAGGCUGGACAUCCUAGAUACAGCAGGCCAAGAAGAAUUUGGAGCCAUGAGGGAACAAUACAUGAGGACAGGAGAAGGCUUUCUGCUCGUGUUUUCAGUCACUGAUAGAGGAAGUUUUGAAGAAAUUUAUAAGUUUCAAAGGCAGAUUCUUAGAGUGAAAGAUCGUGAUGAAUUCCCUAUGGUUCUUGUUGGUAACAAAGCAGAUUUGGACCAUCAAAGACAGGUAACACAAGAGGAAGGGCAGCAGCUAGCAAGACAGCUUAAAGUAACAUAUAUGGAAGCAUCAGCCAAAAUACGACUAAAUGUAGAUCAAGCAUUUCAUGAACUUGUCAGAGUUAUAAGGAAAUUUCAAGAACAAGAAUGCCCUCCUUCCCCAGAGCCGACAAGGAAGGAAAAGGACAAGAAAGGAUGCCAUUGUGUCAUCUUCUAAGAAUCCUCUUAAGCCAAGCUAUCAACUGCCAGAUCAAUGAAUUCUUUCACCUGUGUUUCUGUGUCUCCCUUGGUGUCUUGUCUAGUCUUAUACGUGCAUGUUGUAUAAAUGGUCACCAAAAUAGCCUUAGUCUGAAUGAAACCAGCUGACCCAGUCCUAGAAGACAAUUUGGUCAUCUCAGGUCAGAUGUCAAGCACUAAGGCUUCUUUUAAUAUCCUACUUUUUCCCUUGAAGAAGCUUGCACCUUGUGGAGUUUUAUUCACAAUGGAAUCAAAACAGUCUUAGAACAAGGUAUUGAAGUCAAGCUUAAAAGUUGAUAUAUGAGUAUUUCCCCCCACUUGUGAUGCCUUUUGUUAAUCACACUCGAGGGAGUCCUCUAAUCAAAAUAUAGAGUAUUUUUUUAAAAUGGUAAAUUUGUAGGUUUACAUAUUGAUUAGAUUAAACUUCAAAUUUCAGCUUGCCUUACAGGAAGCCAAUACACUGAAUUCCAUUGUCAGUAAAGUUUUAUGUUUCAGCUCUUGUUUAUGCUGCAGCUUUUUUUAGUGGUCAGCAAUCUACUGUAUUUAUUUUAUGGUUCCAGUAACAGCUACAGGAUUAUUACUGCAACUAUAUGGCCAAAUAACCUGGAAUAAUUCUGGAUUUGGGCAUUUCAGUUAGAAGAUUUUUACAUCUUGGGUUUGGAAUAAAAAUUAUUUGUCUUCCUUUUGAAUUCCCAGGUAAGUGAUUUGAGAAAAUUGAACCUGUAGCUGUUUUUGUUUUCAUAUAAUGUAAAAAGAUGAAUUUGCUCUUUUCAUUGUCAGAUGAUUAAAUGUUUUUGCUAUAUACUUUUAUACAUUAUUUUCUUAUCAAACUAGUUAACAAGUAUUUUUAUAUGUUUGUAAGCAAAUAUGCUUUCAUAGCAUAACUUGUGUAUAUGUAAAGAUGAGUAUUUAAUUCUCACAGUUCACAUUUAACUGACAAAAAUUAAUUCAGGAUUUGCAGAACUGUGGGUAGAAUCUCUCUUCUGUUCUGGUUGAAUCCAGCAAUGGCCAAUCUUCUGGCUGCCCAGUAUAUGUUUAAACUAUCAUGUUUUUGAAAUUGCCUUCCGUAUCCUUUAUAAAAGACUGACCAUUAUGUGACUGUUAAACUGUACAAACUUUUAUCUAUUUGGUUCAAUUGUGGAUGGAUGUUUGACUCUGAAUUAUGCAGACUGUGGCUAAAUGAUUAUUUAGGAUUAUUCUGUGAAACUGAAUACUAAGUGGUAUUUUCGCUGUCACCUCUACUGAAAGUGAACAAGAGUUCUAUAUGAUUCACUUUCAAAACAUGCCCUUGUAUAACUUCAGGUGCUAGAAUUAAAAGUGAUAUGAUUAUUAUGGAAAGGGUAAAAA